UCAAUAACAAUAUCCUGAGGGAAACCAAACUAAAGACCAAGUUUUCAUGAAAAAAACUACGAAGUCUAUGAACACUUGCAGAAAAUUCAAAAUAUAAUAAUAAUACCUAUAGUUGACAUUAACAAUGUUAUUGUUAAAUAAUUAAGCAAUAUGGACAUGCCCGUAUCAGAUUCAGAUUGCUGACGAUGUACGAAUUACAAUGCGUAACCAAUUUACAAUAACAACUCCGUAAAUGGUGACUAACAUGAUAGUCAGAGUGAAAAAAAAGUAACAUGUAGAGUGUAGAUCAAAACAUUCAACCUAUCACUGCCACGAAGAUCUCCUUCAAGUCAAUUAGAAAGUGUUCAAUUAAUUAAGCAUAGAUUUAAGUAAUAAUGAUGUCUAGUGAUGAUGACACGGAGCCGCUGAUCCAUGAGGCUGGCCCAAGCACUAGCGAGGAUCUGGUCUCCGACUCCACUGUUGGGCCUAUCCAUACCGAACCUGAGCUAGAAGAGGUAGUAUACGGCUACCGGCGCAGCGGCUGGCGGAAGGCGCUGGUCUACUCCAUCUCCACGCUGCUGGCCGGGCUGCCAUUCCUCGUGUUCCACUGGUGCCCGACCUGGCUGCUGUACGCCACGGCUCUGCGGUGCCCCUUCCACGUGGCUGAUCUUAUACUUGUUGUUGAAACAUAUCAAAAGAAAUGCAAAAGUCACUACAUUCACAAGAUAUACAACAAAAAUAUUGGGGAGACAAGGGGACAAUCAAAUGCAGGAUUUCAAGAUGAAGGCGAUAACACUCAGGAAAAGCCUCCCAUAUUAGAAGACAGACUAACACCCAUUCAUUUGGAAGAUGGAACCAAAUUACACGUCUCCCACUACCGCUACUUCGUGCACAAGAAGUGCGUGUUCGUGUGGACGGCGGGGGCGGCGGGGGCGCGGGGGGCGGCGUGGGGGCGCCUAGCCGGGAUAGAAAGGGGCGCUACUUGUGCCAGUCUGCAUAGGACUGCUACUGAGCUGCUGGAUCAUGAUGCUAUGCUACACGUAUACGGCUCCAACACAAUCUCAGUCCCAGUCGACUCAGUCCUAACCCUGACCCUGCGUGAGAUCUUCAACCCGUUCUACAUAUUCCAAGCGUGCACCAUCGCGCUGUGGCUCGCCGAGCCGUACUACUACUACUGCGUCGCCGUGGUACUCAUGUCCACGUUCGGGGUCACUACUAGCGUUAUACAGACUAAGAAGAACCAACAAAACCUGCGCGCCACCGUCGAGUCCCAAGACUCCGUAGAAGUCCUGAUCAACGGCUCAGCAGUCACCGUCCCAAGCGACCAGCUCUCCCCAGGGGAUGUCCUACUGCUGCCAGCACACGGCGGCCGCCUGCACUGCGACGCCGCGCUGCUGAGCGGCACCGCGCUGCUGAAUGAGAGCAUGCUCACCGGCGAGUCAGUACCGGUGUCAAAGACAGCGCUACCGCGGACGAAUGUGCCGUUCGACGAGAAGCAACACGCGGCGCACACACUGUACUGCGGGACCCAUGUCAUACAGACGCGGUACCUCAACGAGCCUGUCAAGGCUCUCGUGAUUCGAACCGGCUACCACACGAGCAAGGGGCAGCUGGUGCGGUCCAUCCUCUACCCCAUUCCUGCCGACUUCAAGUUCGACAGAGACUCGUACAAGUUCAUACUGAUCCUCACUGCGAUAGCUAUACUGGGGCUGGCUUAUACUGUCGCUUUGAAGGCAUACCGCUCCAUCUCCCCUGGUGAUAUAACGUUGAAAGCUCUCGACAUAAUUACCAUAGUGGUACCGCCCGCGCUGCCCGCUGCCAUGACAGUCGGCCGGCUGUAUGCGGUGUCUCGGCUGAAGCGCGCGCGCGUGGCGUGUCUCAACACGCGCGCCGUCAACGUGAGCGGCUCGCUCGACUGCAUGUGCUUCGAUAAGACAGGCACCCUAACAGAAGACGGCCUGGCUAUGUGGGGCUGCGUGCCCGUGUCCCAUGCUACACUCCCGCCGUGUCUCUCGGCCCCCGUGCGAGACCCCCGGGCGUUGAAUGACCUGCAUGAGUUGAAGAUGGCGAUGGCGUGUUGUCAUAGUUUGACUAAGGUGGAAGGGGAGUUGAGUGGCGAUCCGCUGGAUUUGGAGAUGUUCAAAGCAACCGGCUGGCUGCUAGAAGAGCCGGACGUCCCCGAGACGGCCAACUACGACAUGUUGACUCCCACCGUGGUGCGCCCGUCGAGGAACACUAAUAUCAAUGUGGAUGAUUACCAUCUGCCCCUAGAAGUGGGCAUAAUCCUGCAGAACCAGUUCGUGUCGUCGCUCGCGCGCGCCUCCGUGGCCACGCGCACAGCGGGCGAGGAUGUCGUACGAGUGUACUGCAAGGGCGCGCCCGACACACUGCAUCAACACUGCAGGCCCGAGACAGUGCCAGCGAACCUCAACUCAGUGCUCAGCCAGUACGCGGAGAAGGGGUACCGCGUGAUCGCGCUCGCGAGCCGCGUCAUGGAGGUCACCUACAAGCAACUCAUGAAGAUGACCAGGGAAGAGAUGGAGUGCGAGCUGACAUUCCUGGGGCUGGUGAUCCUGGAGAACAAGCUGAAGCCCGCCACCGCCGCCGUCAUCAAGGAACUGAAAGACGCCGAUAUACAUGUGGUUAUGAUCACCGGCGACAACAUCCACACGGCGAUCAGCGUGGCGACGGAGUGCGGCAUCCUGGCGCGCGGCGAGCGCGUCGUGCGCCUGAGCGCACAGCCCCCGCGCACCGUGCGCACGCAUUGCACGCUGCAUGGGGUGCCAAUAGGCAAGCCAUCAGAACUCCGCGAGGCCGGCAGCGUGGACAGCGGGCUGGUCUCCGAGUGGUCCGGUUCCGCUUCCGCUUCCGCCUCCGGUGUGGAAGCGGAGCCGCGAGCGCCCAACUAUAAGGUCGCUAUGACUGGGGACACUUGGAAGAUUCUCCGCGAGCACUACCCCUCGCUCGUCCCGCGCAUCAUCGCGCGCGGCGCCGUGUUCGCGCGCAUGACGUCGGAGCAGAAGCAGCAGCUCAUCGUGGAGUACCAGGCGCUCGGGUACUAUGUCGGUAUGUGCGGCGACGGCGCCAACGACUGCGGAGCUUUACGAGCGGCGCACACCGGCAUCUCCCUCUCAGAACUAGAGUCGAGUGUCGCCGCGCCCUUCACCGCCGCUGACCCAGACAUCGUGUGUGUCACCAGGGUCUUGAGGGAGGGAAGAGCAGCCUUGACUACCAGCUUCGGGAUCUUUAAGUUUAUGGUUGCAGCCAGUCUGACUGAAUUCCUGUCUGUCGCUUUGCUGUAUUACUUUGAUUCGAAUUUAGCAGAUUUUCAGUUUUUGUUUAUCGAUGUGGCGUUGGUGGUGAAUUUUGCCGCGCUGUUCGGGAAGACGGAAGCGUUUAGGGGCAAGUUGUGUAAGAUUCCGCCGUUAACGUCGCUGUUAGGGUUAGUUCCGUUGUUGUCGCUGUUUGUGCAGAUGGCGCUAGUGGCGGUAGGGCAGUAUUUGAGUUAUUACGCUAUUUCGCGGUUCCCCUGGUAUAAUAGGCAUACUUUUGAGGGCGAUGAAGCAUAUGAGUGUUACGAGAAUUACGCCAUUUAUGUCGUGUCCAUGUUUCAGUAUGUCAUUCUGGCAAUUGUCUUCAGCCAUGGAUCGCCGUACCGUCGUUCCGUCAUCACGAAUAAACAGAUGAUGAUCAGUGUAGCGAUCAUGACAGGAAUUUGUAUCUAUUUGACAGUGGCGCCGGCGGAAUGGCUCGCCAGAUUCAUGGAACUAAAGAUGCCUCAAGAUUCCCUCAUGUGUUAUAUCGUGCUAGCGAUAGCUGCUGUCAAUUUGGCGCUAGCUUUGUUCUUCGAAAGGUUCGUCAUACAGUUUAUGAUGGAGGAGAGACAGAUGAUACCGAGGUUUUUGAAGGAAAGGGUGGUGAGGAAAACACCGCAUCUGAUGAUUAAGCGCCAGUUGUCCGAUUCUGACUACUUGAACUGUGAGGAUGUCAUUUCUUACGAACAGGAAACCGCUACAGUGACAGAUUCUAGUAGUUCGGAGAAGGACAGAUGAGAUGAGAGAGGAAAUGCGAUGCAUUCGUGAUUUUAUUGUGAGAUGAUUAAAGGUGAGUUUUGUUAUUUGUUUGUAGAUUUAUUUUUUACUAGUUAAUAGGGUAUUUGUGCUAUUUAAAUAUAUGUAGCGAAUUUUACAUUAUUUUUAUAGGUACAUAUUACAUAACAUCUGAUUUUGGGAGCACAAAGUUAAGAAGUGUUGAUUAGAAAACAAAAUGUGUUCUAUCGUAUACGUACAAAUACGUCACUUAUUUGAGUAUUUCUAUUUAAGGGUAUAUUUUCAGAUUGUCUCAUUGUUUCUUAUGCCACAUAGAGGUCUGUGUUAGGAAGUAUUGUGAGAAAAAAAACUAUCUAUAUAUUCAUGAAAUCGUAUUUUAAUGGAAUAGACUAGAAACGCAUAAUAUUUACUGUAUUUUUUAUUGUACUUAUAGAAUCUUGUAUUUUCUUACGACUUUACUUUGUAGUAUGAAGUUUAGAAUCUUAAGCACAUUGUGAUAUUAAUGUGAACUAACGCACAUAUUUCUGUGCCUAAUUUUAUAUAAUUAUGUGUUUUGUGUUGUUUUUCAGAUAAUAAAAUAAAUAUUAAGUUCUGUGAACAGUAAGUAGCUUUGCAUUUUAUGCACUAACUUAUGAAACUAAUAGGUAUAGUUAUCAUAUUUUAAUUAAACUUUAAACAUUCGCAUACUAUUUUCUUGGUGCUUUGAGGACCAAAGUAUUACACACAUAUUUAUUUGUAUGUGGUUUAUUUACAGUAAGCAUAAUAGGUAUAUCUGGUAGAAAUUAUAAUUAUAACUGCAUUUUAAGUAAUCAAAAUGUGAUUAUUAAAAGUUACCUAAUAAUGUAAUAAUACAUAGCAGUAUCCUAGCAAAUUUUAGUUGAAUUUUAUAAUUUAGUGUAUGACUUAUGAAAUAAAUAUUGUAGAACACGCAAAGUGCUAUUUUGUAUACAAGUAUUGAAAUAAAUGAUAUUGAAAUGUUA